AGGAUAUCUAUUAGCUGUUCAAUAUUUCUAAGAGGGCGGCCAUUACAGAAUCCUCUGCAAAAAUGAAUGCGCAAAUAUUGAACAUCUUUGUUAUAAUUUGCGUGGCUUCAACUCUUUUCAGCAGUCAGGCUGACUGUGCUGCUAUUGGGACAACGGAGACUGUACUUCAGAGAGUCCGAAGAAUGACUCCUCUCUGGAGGUGGAUCACUUCCAGGCCCCUUGGCUCCUCUUGCAGGAGCAAUGAGGAGUGUAGCUCAAAAUAUUGCAGAAAGAAGCGCUGUGCCUUGGCAGUCCAUGAAGACUGACAUUCAGACAAAGCUUUUGUACAGAAUAGUCACAAGCUAUCAGAAAUAGUUAUGUAAAUGAACUUUGACCAAUGUACUUAUGUAAAUAAUUUAUGCACAAAGUUCCAGUGUAAAUGAUUUUCUAACCAACGUACUCUACUAAAUGAAUUGUGUACAGCGUUGAUUGGAGUACAUAUUAAUAUAUCUAUAUGUAUUUGUGACCAAUUAAAACGUGCCUGAAGCAUAUGAAUAAGAAAGGUAGUAGAAUAAAAGUAUUUUCAUUUGCGACUUUAAAAACCA